AUGAAUCCUACUUUGUCUAUCAAGUGCAUACCAUAUAUUAACAGUUCAAAACGUAUUCGUGGUGUUUAUUGUCUGACUCAGCGUUUCAAAUCUGAUGAUGAUAAUAGUUCAAAAAAGAACCAAUUAGCUGUUGAGAAACUGAAUAAUCUGCUGAAAUCCAUGAAGAAAGGGAAUGACACGGAAAUGCCUCCUCAACAAUCAAAACCUAUUGAAUUGGCACAACCUAGACAAUUGGCUAGAAAAUCGGAACAAAAUAAACAAAAUAUUGAUGAUUCUAAGCAGAACAAGCCAUUGGGUGAAAAAUUAUCUGAUGCAGCCACCAAAGUUGCCCAAUCAAUUGGAGGUGACACCAAUAAAACAAAAUCGGAUUUAUUGAAUUUGCUGAGAAUUUACAACAAUGAACCUAAUGAUUCUUCUGAAAAAAAGGUGAAAUCUUCUGUUCAGUUAGAUGAUCUACUAUCUGGAAUGAAAAUUGAUCGUUCCCAACCAAAAAAGUCUGUAGAGUUUAGUGCUGUUGAUAAAGCCCAACGAGUAAGAGAAUUGUUAGGUCAUAGUUCAGGUGACCAUCAAAGAACUAAAAAAUACAGAAAGCCAAUGGAUAAUUAUAUGCCAAUUAAUUUAUUUAGCAGUGAACCUCUUGGUAUAUUUAAAAACUUUGAUACAAAAAAAGAUAUCCCAACAUUGCCUACGUGGGAUAGAUUACACGAAAAGAGUUUACAAACAGCAGUAACGCAUCCACCGAAAAAUAUUUAUGAACAAAUGAUUAUUUGGACGGAACAAGGAAAAUUGUGGAAAUUUCCUAUUAACAACGAACAAGGUAUGGACGAUGAAAACAAUGUGUUCUUUGCUGAACAUGUGUUUUUAGAACCACUAAUUGAUGAAUGGUGCCCGAAAAAAGGACCAAUCAGACAUUUUAUGGAAUUGGUAUGUGUUGGCUUGUCAAAAAAUCCAUUCCUGUCUGUUGAAGAAAAAAAAGAUCACCUUAAUUGGUUCAGGCAGUAUUUCUAUGAGAAAAAUCAAUUAUUGAGUGAAGUUGGUGCAUUUGAAAUUAAGUCAUUACCAGAAAAUGUUAAGGAAUAUUAUAAACCUACAAUUCCAAAUGAAUAA